AUGCUUGUGUCAAAAUUUCAAUCCAAUCCAAAUGAGGCACAUUAUGAAACAGCAAAGAGGAUUCUCAAGUAUCUGAAAAGGAAAAUCAAUGUUGGAUUAUGGUAUCCAGGGUGCAAAUUGGAUAAGAAAAGCACAAGUGGGACAUGUCACCUACUUGGCUCAAGUUUGAUAUCAUGGAAUAGCAAGAAUCAAGCUUACAUGUCACUCUCCACAACUAAGGCAGAGGAUAUAGCAGUUGGUCAUGGUUGUGCUCAAAUCAUAUGGCUAAAACAUCAAUUCUGA